AUGCCAAGACCUUUAAGGAAUAGCUACGGCAGCGCUAAGCCUCCUUAUUCCUACAUAUCUCUGACUGCAAUGGCCAUACAGAGCUCUCCACAGAAGAUGCUCUCGCUCAGCGAAAUUUACCAGUUUAUUAUGGAUCAUUUUCCCUUCUACAGGGAGAACACGCAGCGUUGGCAGAACUCUCUGAGGCACAACUUGAGCUUCAAUGACUGCUUUCUGAAAAUACCCAGGAGACCCGAUCAGCCUGGUAAGGGAAGCCUCUGGGCUCUUCAUCCAGACUGCGGAGCCAUGUUCGAAAAUGGCAGCUUCUUGCGUCGGCGAAAACGCUUUAAGUCAGAGAAGGAGAGGAGUACAAAGAUGGUGAAACUCAUCACUCAUGAGAGCAAGGACGAGGUGAAAGACGACAAUCCUGUGCGCUGCAUCUCACCACUUGAUACUACUCCAUCAGGUUUCAAGCACCCGUUCAACAUAGAAAACCUAAUAGCGUCGGACAUGAAGAGCGUCCAGUCCUGUCAGACCAUGACUGCCUCAAUUCCCUCUCUACCAACCUGUCCUUCGUGUAUGAACCCUCAUUCCAGCUCAGCUCUGCCGCCGGGGUAUCAAGGAAACCUCUGGCCCCCUGUUCCUUCGUAUUUCGCCAAACCAUGCGCCCAUCAUGAACAAUUAAAAGAGUACGAAAUUGCAAGACUGGGGCAGCAUUUUUAUCACGCUGGAGACCUUGCGCCCUUUUACACAACAGUUCCAGUAACAAGUGCAGUCCUCCCGCAAAGCAUGUUUCGGUGA